GACUGCAAGCCAAACUGAAACUACGGUCUACAAAGGCUGUAGGAGAUGACCGUCGAAAUGAGCAACUUAACAGUGAGUUAUCAAGUCCGUUAGAAAAUCAAAGUCCUGUAAAGACUGAAAUGGAAACCAAGAUUAUGCCAUUAAGAAGUACGCGGGUUCUCCGAAAGGAGGCAGAAGCGAGUGAUGCUGCUUUGUUGCAGAAGCCAAGUGUAGCAUCUUUAGAGACCUUUUCUGCAAGUGGAGAUGAAAGCAGUUCUUCCCCAUCAGAAAAACCCAAAAGAAUGCCAUUAAGAAGUGAGCGCAGUAAGGUUGAAAUGUCCCACCAGUCUGUUACUCAGUCAUCACCAGCGGACAACAAGAAAUUGGCUUUAAGAUCACAAAGAUUGGCUGUAGCUUCUACCAGUGCUCUUACUGUAGAUGAAAGACAGAGUGACGUAACUUCCCCCAUCAGAAUCAUUUCAGAAAGGGUAACCAAAGCUCAGGUGAAGCCCCUUCCAGUGGCUGUUGCAUCUGUGUUGCCCCACAGCUCAGCCAUUCCUGUCAUUACACCAAGACAUGAACGCCCAAAACAAGCUAACAAAUUCUUUCAGAAUCUGACUGGAGAAGAAAACCAACACCUAAUUACAAAUCUGAACGUUAAGUAUGAUAAAAUGCAAAAAGGCUGGGUGCAGCUGGACAAAGAGGGUCAUCCAGUAACAAAAUACAAAAACAAAUCUGACAGACAGGCAGCUAUAUGGAAAAGUAAACGCAGGGCCCGAAAAUCGAAGUCUUCAGAACACCAGAAAUACUCACCGGUCCAAAUGCUCUUCAUGAAAGGUUUUAAUCUCACCAGUAUUUGUCGCUGGUUCCUUGACACAACAGAAACAAAGUCCCUCGUCAUUGUCAAGAAGGUGAAUACACGUCUUCCGUCAGAAACCCAGCUGUGCUUCCACAGCUCAUCUAGCGCUUCAGGGACCUCUCAGGGGGUAUUUCCAAGCCUACAGGCAGAACGCUUAAAGAAACAUUUGAAAAAGUUUGCCAUUGCCUCUCCUGUAAAGAGCAACCCAAAGAAUCAGAAACUGAUUGCUAAAGCGCUGGAGCAAGAAGCAAACGCAGUGAAAGGGAAAGAGAGAGGAGAGUCUCCCAGUACUACUCAGUCCCACUCGUCUGCCAAAGCCUGUGGACAAACGGUUGAAUCACAGAAAUCCUCUGGUAAAUCAAAGAAUCCAGCUAGUGCAAGGAUCUUAAGGAAAUACUCAAACAUCAGAGAGAAGAUGCAGGUUCAGCAAACCAAUGUUAGACUCAAAAAGGCCUCGAAAACUUUAAAAAACAACAAUAUGAAAAGACUGGCCACCAAAAAGUCGUCCGCCAAGUCAAAUCUGAAACCAUCUCUAAAGGCAAAAAAAUCCCCCCUCCCUGUUGGUAAACAAAUGAAAGCAUCUGCAGCUCGAAUGGAAAGAAGGAAAACGUUGGCUGGCAAAAAAACUACAAAGCAUCCUGCUCAACAGAGGACAGUCAAAGCUCAGGGCAGUAGUCGGGCUUCAAGAGACGCAACUAAAAAUGACGAAUUGCCAAAGAGAUGUUCUCAACGACUUGGGUCUCCGAAACAAUCUGAACAUACCCCUGUCGACACAUCUAAGAGCAAGGUCGACAAUAAGAAGCAAAUUGAAGCGGAGAAAAUAGAGGUUGAAAAACCCACCAAAAUCCAAACAAAGGAAUCUUCACAAAGUACUGUCCCUGAAGUCAAAGACACAGAGCAUGCUGUUGACACCCCACAGCAGGGCGUGGAUGUCAAGUCUCCGACCUCACCGGAUCAGGUGCUAACAAGGUCCCAGAGAAAGAUCGAGACGGCAGUCUCUUUGCGUGGAAGCCCCAGUCCUGCUUCAAAGAGGGCCACAAAGUCCAUGAAGACACAAAAUCCCUCCCCUAAAGCGGUCAGAAGAAGCGAGGAGCCCGCGCCGACGAGGCGAGGGGCUGUCAGGCCCCCUUCAAAGAGAAAGCGUGCCGCCUCGAUGCCGCGCAGUGCAACAAAAUCGGCAACCAAGAGAGCUCGGGAGCUUUCGCGGACCCCAGCUAAGCGCACCAGGACGUCGCUCUCAAAAUGAGGAUUUUGUCUAACUUCAUUUGGAAUAUAUUCAGAAGGCUCAAAAGUGUCUAUUUUCUACUCUCACCAAACUCUUCAGAGGGCACCUUUUUUCAGUCGGCAAAUAUGUGAAGCAGGAACAGAUUUUGAAAGUAAUUUAUGCUUCAGGGACUACAGACGAGUCCCGUGUGAUGUCUAGCAGGUGUAGUUUCUCUUUGGCUUUCGGUUUCAGCACUCUGCGACACGGCUGGAGAGCAUGGCCCUGUCAAACCUCAUUUUAGAAGUUGGAAGAACGACCUUAAAUUCACUCCCCAUUCUGUGUUGAUUCUUUUUUUCUUUUCUUUUUUUUUGCCAUUUAGUUUAUCAUUUUAGUUUUAGAUUAUAGCAUGCGCUGCAGUUAUUCUUCAGCGCUUGCUAUGAGAAGGGACAUCAGCUUUUCAAUACACGUUUUACUUACAGAAGUAGGCAAUGUGUAUCUCCAGCCUGUCUUCCAAUCACACAACUGAAUAUGUGACUAUUGUGACCCGGUGCCUUAUUUAUGAAGUGUAAAGUCAUGGAAUGAGUUGCUAAAUGUGAAAACCUGUUAUUUUGUUAUAACAACUUUAGAUUCCUGGACAGGUAGUCAAAAUUCAUUUGCUUCACAGAGUGUUUGUAAAUAGUUUCCGUUCCCCACAAUAUGUGCCUCGAGCAUCAUCUGUAAAUUCUUAUCUUGAUUGAGGCAUUUAAAUUUUCUGAUUUAAUCUUACCUGCCAGGUUUAUUUUUAUAUUCUCAUUUUGCCAGAGCAUUAACUUAAUAUUGUUCUUACUAUAGUUGUACUAGAUGUUAAAGCAAAUACGAGUCUGAAUUGCUAAAACAGAGAAGUGUGAUCUGUAUGUGUCAUGACAAACGUUUGUAUUUUUUAUUUUCUUAUAUUUUUGGGGUUGUUUUCAUCACUGUGUAGCUCUGCAGUCACUUCUGACCAUUGCACCCAUUGUUAUAUUUCACCUGCUUCUUGCAUGUGUGCAAGUCUUGUUAAUGUGGCGACAAUUUUUGCAACUUGCAUUAGAGCGGUUGCCUUUCUACAACUGAAACCCCAAACUAUAUUUAUGCCUCUGAGCUUUGAAAAUACUAACCUCAUUCAAUAAUAUGUAUGCGCAUUUAGUGCCCAUCAAAAUGCUGUACUGAAAAACUAUCUGAAAUCACUUUGAGAUCCUGGCUUCUAUCACUUUGCAACAAUAUUUCAUAACAGCAAAAACCUGAAAAGUAUGUAUAUUUAGUUGGUUAAUAUGAAUGAAGUUUGCGGCCACUUGAGCAUUAAUAGCAGAUUACAGGGUGAUGAAUUCCUUCCCUAAUUAUACACGAGUUGGAUAUGGUAUUUUUGGGGUAGUCUAGUCACACUUGUGAAUCAAAAGUAUUUUGCAGUUUUAUGUUAUUUGUUUUAUUAUUGUUGGACAAAUGUUCUCAUAUUGUGAAGUUUCUUAACUUCCAGUAGUAUCUUGCAUUAGUGUAUAGUCAAUUGUCAUUUUUAGCACAGUGUUAUUUUUUAUUAUGUUCAUUUCUCUUAGAGGGUAAAUCAUCUGUAAAUGCAAAACAUGUCUCGUGUUUUUAUUGUUAUUUAAGAACUCCAUGUAGGCUAACGGAUUUAGCAAAUCUAAACCAGCCCACCAAAUCAGACUUGAACAUGUUUAUUUGCAGUUGCUAUUUAAAGAUUUUGGUUGUGUAUAUUAGAAAGAAAUAACUGCUUUAUUUGUGGUAAUCCCAAGAAUGAUACAUCUUUAUGUUAAGAACUUUGUAUUUUUGCUGGAGUUGAUAUAAAGAUGUUGGAAUUUUA